CACCCCCUGAAUCAAUGCAAGCUCUGUUCCCCGCUUUCCUCUUCUCUUUGUUUCUGGCGAUUCGAUUGGCUCGCCGGAGGGCCGAGUCACUCACCGGAGACGGCCGGUUGAUUGGCGGAACGAACCUGCUCUAUGGGGAGGUAAGGAUCGCUUCCAUUUCUCAUGCAGUGUGAAAAAAAUGAAUUUUUCUUUCUGGGUAUUGUCAAUUGUCCGGCCUCGGUUUUCUGGGCGCGUGAAUCCGUGAUCAGAUUUGCUUCAGAUCUGAUAAUGUUGACCCGGAGAGAGGAGAAUUUGGGGGUGUGGGUGUUUUCUGGUUAGUCUUGCUGGGAAAUUUGAUGUUACUGUUGUUCGAAGUUAGGGUUUGGGUUUUGUGCAUUGAUGGAGGGAAGUGUGAGGUCAGUGGGAGUAGUGAAGAAGAGAAGCUCUUCUGGUUGUUUGAUUAUCAAGAAAAAAGAUGAUAGAGUUGGGGGCAUGGGAAUGGGAGGGAUUCAUCCUUCAGGAUCUUACCCGAGGGAUAGCAAGAGGGCCAGAAUGGUGAUGCAUGAUUCUGAUUCUAGUGAUGAGUUUCCAGAACCUGUUAGGAGGAGAGCUGGGGAGAGUUCUCAUCAUGGUCCAGUUAUGUACAGGAGUGGAGAGAUUGAGAGAAAGAGGAACGGAUUAGGUGUAUUUGAGUUCAAUGAGACCAUGAGGAAUGGGUAUCAAGGCGAGAGAUUGGCGAUGGAAUUCGAGAACAGGCCUAUUAGAAAUGUGAUGGCUGAGCAGCGGAAGCAUUCAUAUUUUGAUAGCUCGGGUUCAAGUAAGGUGUUGAGUGGCAGGCCCAGAGGUGCUUGUUAUGGUGAUGAAGAAGUGCAUUUUCCCAUCCCGUUGAUGAAGCUGAAAUAUCAGGCAGCAUCCGAUGAACCGAUUAGACUGCAGGGAAAAAAUGGGGUCUUGAAGGUUAUGGUGAAUAAGAUUAAGAAGAUGGAUUUCUUGCAUAAUAAUGGAUCCCAGAAUGUUGACAAUAGGAAAACUUCCAUGCCUGAGCACUUCAGCGAGCCAAGAGUGCAGCAAACACUUUAUGCUGAUUCUAAGUCUACUGAGAUGGAGAAAUAUGGCCUGAAAUCCCAAAUAUCAUUUGGGGAAGAAUCAACAUCAACUGCAGAUUCAGAUACAGAGGGAACUCACAUGUCACAUAAGUCGACCCCACCAAGCUCCUUUGCGGCUGUUAGCUCAAUUAAAGGGGUAAAAGAAGAAGAAGCCAGACCCCCUGCAGUGGAAACUGCAUCAGUAGUCAACAAGGAAGGAAAAGUGAAGCGUGGGGGAAGCACUGAAAAACAGCAAUUGCGGGAGCGAAUUAGGGGAAUGCUGAUUAAGGCUGGAUGGACUAUUGAUUAUAGACCAAGAAAGAACAGAGAUUACCUAGAUGCUGUUUAUAUUAGCCCCAAUGGAACAGCCUAUUGGUCAAUAAUCAAAGCCUAUGAUGCGUUUCAGAAACAUUUGGAGGACAGUAAGAAAAAAUCCGACGGGAAUUCUCCACCAUUUGCCCCUUUGUCAGCAGAUUUAAUAAAUAAGCUGACAAGGCAAACUAGAAAGAAGAUUGAGAAAGAAAUGAAAAAGAAGAAAAAAGAUGAAAGCAUGAGUAGUAGAGAUAGUAAGGCGAUGUCAUUAAAAGUGUGUGCUGAAGGAAUAGAUCAUCACGACGAAAGACUUGAUACCUAUGUAAAGAAGAACUGCAAGCAAGUUAAUGGAAUAUUUCAUGCAACCAAUCAAACAGACGAGUAUUACAAUAGCUUGAAAAGUGGCAGAAAUUUAAUCCCCGGAAAGAAAAGCCAAAUAACUGGGAGGUGUACUCUGUUGGUUCGCAGUUCUGAGAUAGGGCAACACACUGAGAAUGGUGAUUAUGUUCCAUAUUCCGGGAAAAGAACCCUGUUGUCAUGGAUGAUUGAUUCUGGGACUGUUAAACUGAGUGAAAAGGUUCAAUAUAUGAGCCGCAAAAAGUCAAGGAUAAAGUUAGAAGGCUGGAUCACGCGCGAUGGCAUCCACUGUGGUUGUUGUAGUAAGAUUCUCACGGUUUCUAAGUUUGAGCUCCAUGCAGGGAGUAUACUGCGUCAACCAUUUCAAAAUAUUGUUUUGGAGUCUGGAGUUUCUCUAUUGCAGUGCCUUGUAAAUUCAUGGAAUAGGCAAAAGGAGUCUGAAUGCCGAGAUUAUUAUGCUAUAGGCAUCGGCGAUGAUGAUGACCCAGCUGAUGAUGCUUGUGGCAUCUGUGGUGAUGGUGGGGAUCUGGUUUGUUGUGAUGGCUGUCCAUCAACUUUCCAUCAGAGCUGUCUUGGUAUAAAGAUGCUUCCUCUUGGCGAUUGGCAUUGCCCAAAUUGCAUAUGCAAAUUUUGUGGGGCUGCUGAUGAAAAUCCUGCAGAAGUAAAUAAGGAUGCUAACAAGCUUUUAAUUUGCAACCUCUGUGAGAAAAAAUAUCACAGGUCAUGCAGGCAAGAGAAACAUGCUUUAUCCAUGAAUGCUAAUAAUUUGUCAACUUUUUGUGGCCAAGCAUGCCAAGAGAUUUAUGAUCAUUUACAGAAGAUUCUGGGCGUCAAACACGAGUUAGAGUCAGGAUUCUCAUGGUCUCUUUUGCAACGAACAGAACUCGAUUCUGAUACCUCACAUCUUUCCUUUUCCCAAAGGGUUGAAUGCAACUCUAAGUUGGCUAUCGUGUUGUCUGUCAUGGAUGAGUGUUUUAUGCCCAUUGUGGAUCGAAGAAGUGAGAUAAAUAUUGUUCAUAAUGUUGUUUAUAACUGUGGCUCAAAUUUUAGUCGUCUCAAUUAUCGUGGCUUCUACACAGCAAUCUUGGAAAGGGGUGAUGAAAUAAUCUCCACAGCAUGUAUAAGAAUCCGUGGGACACAACUUGCAGAAAUGCCAUUUAUUGGGACUCGCCACAUGUAUAGACAUCAAGGGAUGUGCCGGCGGCUUUUCUCAAGUAUUGAGGAGGUCCUCUCCAGUCUAAGGGUAGAAAAGUUGAUCAUUCCUGCUGUACCUGACCACAUCCAUACCUGGACUAUGAUGUUUGGUUUCAAAAAACUUGAGGAAUCAGACAAACAUGAAGUGAAUUCCAUGAAUAUGUUGGUGUUUCCAGGAAUUCAUAUGUUGCAGAAGCAGCUGGUGAAACAAGAAUCUUCUGACGCAGCUGCUUCUGCAUUCCAAUAUAGAAAUGGGGUUGAAGCCUUUAGAUCUAACUUGGACACACCCAUAUCUCCAAAUCUUAAACGGAGCUUAACGUUGGGCUCUUCUUCGCAAGGCAUAGAAGCAAAAGCCGAGGGUGGCUUUUUUACAAGAACUGCCCCUGGUUCUGCCCUCCAUCUCUCUGCUAAGUUCUGUGCUGCAGAGAAAGAGUGCAAUGUCUCCCAUCCCAGCAGUAAAAUGUGCUUCCAACAUGACCUGAAUCUACAAGCUGACUUGAUUUAGGAUUUCCAAAUUGUUGGUUUGGUUUUUCUUCUUCUUUUUCCUUCCAGUGUAUAUUUAAUUCUGGAUUUGGUUGUUCUUGGCCAGUUCUUGAUGCCUCACUGAGCUGGGAAACAACAAUGGCAAGCAGCCAAUGACAUUAUUAACACAAUUUUCACCACAAAUAUGGAACAUGUUAAAACUGUAAUUGAUGGCUUAAUGCAUGUGUCAAGAGAUUAAUGAAUCCUUGUUAUAGUG